GCCAGGAAUUAACCUUGGCUGCAACUGGGCCCCUGGGAGUAAUGACCCUUCCAGGGAAUGUUCUAAGGCCUCUCCUUUGUUUAGACACCUCCUGUGGGUGGAACUUCUUGUUUACACAGAAAGCAGCAUAAAGCCCAGUUGCUGGGAGUAGUAGUUGGGGCCAAACCUAUUGCUGGGAGUAGAGUCUGCAGUCUCAUUUCUUUAGAUCUUUUCUCCCUGCAGCAUGGGGAAGAAGAAACUCCUUCAGCAAAGACUUAAUCUUCUCUUUUUGGUUCUGCUGCUUAAAGAUGCCUCAGUCUCUGGAAAACCGCAGUAUAUGGUGCUGGUCCCUCACCUGCUCCACACUGGGACCCCAGAGAAGGGCUGUGUUCACUUGAGUCACCUUAAUGAGACAGUGACAGUAAGCGCUUCCUUGGAAUCUGUCCGUGAGAACAGGAGUCUCUUCACUAACCUGGUAGCAGAGGAGGAUUUAUUCCACUGUGUCUCCUUCACCGUCCCAGCAUUUCAACAUGAUGAAGAGAUAAUGUUCCUCACUGUUCAAGUGAAAGGAGCAACCCACAAAUUCCAGAAACGAAGCACAGUGAUGGUUAAAAGCAAGGAGAAUCUGGCUUUUAUCCAGACAGACAAAGCCAUCUAUAAACCAGGACAGACAGUGAAAUUCCGAAUUGCUGUAAUAAAUGAGGAUUUUCACCCCCAGAAUGUAAUGAUACCUCUAGUAUACAUUGAGGACCCCAAAGGAAAUCGUAUCACACAGUGGCAAGAUAUCCAGUUAAAGAGUGGUCUCAAGCAAUUGGCCUUUCCCCUCUCAUCAGAGCCCUUCUAUGGCUCCUAUAAGGUGGUGGCACAGAAAGAGUCACAUGGAAGGGCAGAACACUCCUUUACUGUGGAAGAAUUUGUGCUUCCAAAGUUUGAAGUUCAAAUAACCAUGCCAAGGAUAAUUACUAUUUUGGAAGAAGCAAUGAAUGUGUCAGUGUGUGGCAUCUAUACAUAUGGGAAGCCUGUCCCAGGGCAUGUGACCAUGAAUGUAUGCAGAAAGUUUAAUAAUCCUUCUAACUGCCAUGGUGAAGAGUCAAAAGCCAUCUGUGAGAAUUUUAGUAAAGAGCUAAAUAGUCAAGGCUGCUUCACUCAGCAAGUGGAAACCAAGAUUUUCCAGAUGAAAAGACAAGGAUAUAAUAUGAAUCUUGAAGUAGAGGCCAAGAUCCAAGAAGAAGGAACAGGGGUAGAAUUAUCUGGAAAAGCAUCCAGUGAAAUAACAAGAACCAUCACCAAACUCUCAUUUGUGAAAGUGGACUCAAAUUUUAGACAAGGAAUCCCCUUCUUUGGGCAGGUGCGCCUAGUAGAUGGGAAAGGUAUCCCCAUGCCAAAUAAGCUCAUCACCAUCACAGCCACUGAGGCUAAACAUUAUUCCAAUGCCACCACCGAUGAGCAUGGCCUGGCACAGUUCUCAAUCAACACCACCAAAAUCACAAGCAGCUCUCUCACCAUCCGUGUCUCACACAAAGAUGCUAGGCAAUGUUAUGGCUAUCACUGGCUGUCAGAAGAAAACGAAGAUGCGUAUUAUACUGCUAAUCUUGUAUUCUCACCAAGCAAGAGCUUUGUCUACCUUGAACCCAUGACUGGUGAAAUGCCUUGUGGCCAAAUUCAGAAGCUCCAAGUACAUUAUAUACUGAAUGGAAAGGUUAAACAAGAACUGAAGGAGCUUGUAUUCUAUUAUCUGGUAAUGGCAAAGGGAGGAAUAGUCUACAGUAGGACUCAUGCAUUACCUAUGGAAGAGGGAGACAUGAGUGGCCAUUUUUCUCUGACAUUUCCUGUGGAGUCAAACAUUGCUCCUGUUGCUCGAGUGCUCAUCUAUGCCAUUUUACCUGAUGGGGAGGUAAUCGGUGAUUCUGCAAGAUACGAGGUUGAAAACUGCCUGCCCAACAAGGUGAAUUUGAGCUUCACUUCAGCACAAAGUUUUCCAGCCUCAAAAGCUCACCUGCACGUCAAAGCUUCUCCCAUGUCUCUUUGUGCGCUCCGAGCUGUGGACCAGAGUGUGCUGCUUAUGAAGCCUGAGGCAGAGCUCUCUACAGCCUCGGUGUAUAACUUGCUACCAGUAAGGGACCUCACUGGCUUACCUCAUGGUUUAGAUGAACAAGUAGAAGAUUGUGUUGAUCAUAAUGCUGUCUUUAUCAAUGGGAUCAUGUAUUCUCCAGUAUCAAAUACAAAUGAAAAAGAUAUGUACAGUGUCCUUGAGGAUAUGGGAUUAAAGGUAUUCACUAACUCAAAGAUUCAUAAGCCCAAAUUAUGUGCACAGCUUCAAUACUUUCGAACAGGGGCAAUGGCAUCACAGCACAGAAUUCUAGGUGGGCCUUCUCCAGCCAUGGCUGAAUUACUAAGUGCUGAGGAAGAUGCAACUAUGUUAGACAUGUCUUUGCCUAUCACAGAGACUGUGAGAAAAUACUUCCCUGAGACUUGGAUCUGGGAUUUGGUAGAGAUAGACUCAUCAGGUGUAGCGGAAGUAGAAGUGCAAGUCCCUGACACCAUUACUGAGUGGAAGGCAGGGGCCUUCUGCCUGUCAGAGGAGAGUGGGCUUGGUCUCUCCCCUACUGCUUCUCUCCAAGUCUUUCAACCUUUCUUUGUGGAUCUCACCCUGCCAUAUUCUGUGAUCCGUGGAGAGGCCUUCACUCUCAAGGCCACUGUUCUCAACUACCUUCCUAACUGCAUCUGGGUCAGUGUGCACAAUGAAGAAUCUUCUGCAUUCAUAGCUGUCCCACAAGAGAAGGAACAAGAAUCCUAUUGCAUCUGUGGGAAUGAAAGGAAAACCGUGUCCUGGGCAGUGACACCAAAGUUAUUAGGAAAUGUGACUUUCACUGUGAGUGCAGAGGCAUUGAAGUCUGAACAUCUGUGUGGAACUGAGAUGACUGUGGUUCCUCAAUAUGGAAAGAAAGACACAAUUAUCAAGUCCCUAUUGGUUGAACCUGAAGGACUAGAGGUUGAAAGAACAUUCACCAAUCUUUUUUGCCCAGAAGGUGAGGAACUAACUGGAAAAGUGUCUCUGAAGCUGCCAUCAAAUGUGGUAGAAGAAUCUGCUAGAGCCUCAUUCUCAGUUUUGGGAGACACAAUGACCAAUGCCAUGAAAAACACACAGAAUCUCCUGCAAAUGCCCUAUGGCUGUGGUGAACAGAAUAUGGUCCUCUUUGCUCCUAACAUCUAUGUUCUGGAUUAUCUAAAUGAAACACAGCAGUUAACACCAGACAUCAAGUCCAAAGCUAUUGGCUACCUCAACACUGGUUACCAGAGACAGCUGAAAUACAAGCACUUUGAUGGCUCCUAUAGCACUUUUGGGGAAAUGUAUGGCAGAAGUGAGAGUAAUACCUGGCUCACAGCCUUUGUACUGAAGAGUUUUGCCCAGGCUCGAACCUACAUCUUCAUUGAUGAAGCACACAUUACCCAAGCCCUCAGAUGGCUUUCCCAAAAGCAGAAAGAAAAUGGUUGUUUUAGGAGUUCUGGGUCACUGCUAAACAAUGCCAUUAAGGGUGGAGUAGAAGAUGAAGUGACCCUUUCUGCAUAUAUCACCAUUGCCCUUCUGGAAAUUCCUCUUCCUGUCACUCAUCCUGUUGUCCGCAAUGCCUUGUACUGCCUGGAGUCAGCCUGGAAAUCAGAAAAGGAAGGACACCAUAAAAAUCAUGUCUAUACCAAAGCACUGUUGGCUUAUGCUUUUGCCCUGGCAAAUAAUCAGGACAAAAAGAGCGAAGUACUUAACUCACUUAAUGAUGAAGCUGUGAAGGAAGGAGAUUACAUCCACUGGGAACGACCUCAGAAACUUCAUGAACAAACAGACUAUUUUGCCGAACACCGGGCUCCCUCUGCAGAGGUGGAGAUGACUUCCUACGUGCUCCUUGCUUAUCUCACUACCCAGUCAGCACCAACCACAGAGGACCUGACUUCUGCCACACAUAUUGUAAAGUGGAUUAUAAGGCAACAAAAUUCCCAGGGGGGUUUCUCCUCUACCCAGGACACAGUUGUGGCUCUUCAUGCUUUAUCCAAAUAUGGAAAAGUCACUUUUACCAAGACAGAGAAUAGUGCACAGGUCACAAUACAAUCUCCAGCAUUCUCCAAAGUCUUCAAAGUGGACCACGACAAUCGCCUGCUACUACAGCAGAUUACAUUACCAAGUGUGCUCGAAGAAUAUAACUUGGUAGCAAAGGGAGAAAGAUGUGUCUACCUCCAGACAUCCUUGAAAUAUAAUAUCCUCCCAAAAGACAUAAAGUCCCCAUUUGUUCUGGAGGUACAGACACUGCCUGAAAUUUGUGAUGGACGCAAAGCCCACACCAGCUUCCAGGUAUUAAUGAACGUCAGUUACAUUGGGAGCCGGCCUGCCUCCAAUAUGGUGAUUGCUGAUGUGAAGAUGGUAUCUGGUUUCAUUCCCCUGAAGUCAACAGUAAAAACACUUGAAAGGUCUAACCAUGUGAGCAGGACAGAAGUCAGUAAUAACCAUGUUUUGAUUUACCUAGAUAAGGUAACAAAUGAGACACAAAGUCUUUCUUUCACGGUUAAACAAGACAUUCCAGUAAGAGAGCUAAAACCAGCCUUAGUGAAAGUCUAUGAUUACUAUGAGACAGGUGAAUAUGCAGUUUCCCAGUACAGUGCUCCUUGCAGCAAAGAGCAAGGAAAUGCUUGAAGAGCAUGUGAAUGGAAACAGCUUUGCUAGCAUCCCUGUUUCAGACUGAGAAAGAAACAUUACUUUUUUGCAGACUCCAUGGACGAAAAGAGUUUUUUGAUGAAUAAAGUUGUUUUGGAUAAUUUCUA